AUGGCCGCUAAUCUGAAUCAUUCGUCAGGGACUCAGUCGUGUCCUCCGCCUGAAUUGCCCCAGCUCGUCGCCGAGCAACAUGUCCCGAUUCCUGCUCAUGAUAAGGAGACCCAGCGUCUGAUCGUCGUCCUCUCUCAUGCCAGUCUGGAAACCUACCGCGCCUCUAGCGGCCGCAAUGGUUCGAGUCGCGACGAAAAAUACUCUCUGCUUAACAGCGAUGAGCACAUCGGUGUCAUGCGCAAGAUGAACCGCGAUAUAAGCGAGGCCCGUCCGGAUAUCACCCAUCAGUGUCUGCUUACCCUGCUCGAUUCCCCUGUCAACAAGGCUGGCAAGCUUCAAAUCUUCAUCCACACUGCCAAAGGUGUUUUGAUCGAAGUCAACCCCUCAGUCCGCAUUCCCCGUACCUUUAAGCGCUUUGCUGGUUUGAUGGUGCAACUUCUGCACCGUCUUUCUAUCCGCUCCACCAACUCCCAGGAGAAGCUUCUCAAGGUCAUCAAGAACCCCAUCACCGACCACCUGCCGCCCAACUGCCGGAAAGUGACCUUGAGUUUUGAGGCUCCCGUGGUUCGGACUCGCGACUACAUCGAAUCUCUCGGCCCCAAGGAGAGUGUCUGUAUCUUCGUGGGUGCCAUGGCCAAGGGUCACGAUGACUUUGCCGAUUCCUUCAAGGACGACACGAUCAGUAUCAGCAACUACAGCCUGAGUGCCAGUGUGGCCUGUAGCAAGUUCUGUCAUGCCGCCGAAGAGGUAUGGGACAUUGUCUGA